AUGAAGUAUUUGAUCGGUUUAUUUUUCAUCAGUUUACUUUUAUUAGCAACUUUUGCUGAUGAUUCCGACAGAAGUUCAGCGUUAGUUGAGGAAGAGGAUGUUAGCAGUUUAGCAUCGCCUGAAAGUCCCGAAUAUGUUGGACAAACAUUGGAUGAUGAAGCAGAUGAAGAAGAAGCGGACACAAACGAUCCCGAUGAUAAUGGUGAUGAUGAACUAGAUAUUGAGGAUGACGAGGGUGAUGCUGAAAACGGCGGCGAUGAUGAAAAUGGCGACGAUGAUGAAAAUGGCGACGAAAACAGGGGCGAUGAUGAACCUGUUGAUAAUGAUGAUGAUGAAGACGACAAUGAUACCGCAUAA